UCUGUAACUUGGGAUGAUAUUGCUGGUUUGGCCUAUGCAAAGAAAUCAGUGCAGGAGGCUGUUAUUUGGCCCCUAAUGAGACCAGAUUUAUUUACAGGAUUAAGAAAGCCUCCAAAGGGACUUUUAUUAUUUGGACCACCUGGUACUGGUAAGACACUGAUUGGUAAGGCUAUUGCUCAUGAGAGUGGAUCAACCUUCUUUUCCAUUUCUGCAUCCAGUUUAACCAGUAAAUGGGUUGGUGAAGGUGAAAAAUUGGUGAAAACACUAUUUUCUCUGGCUAGAUAUUUCCAACCUUCUGUUGUUUUUAUUGAUGAAAUUGACAGUUUACUUUCUCAAAGAAGUGAUGGAGAUGCUGACAAUGGAUCUAGAAGACUCAAAACAGAAUUUUUAGUUCAAUUGGAUGGUGCUUCUACAAAUGAUGACCAAGAUAGAAUUUUGAUUGUGGGUGCAACCAAUAGACCAGAAGAAAUUGACGAAGCUGUCAGAAGAAGAAUGGGCAAGAGAUUGUACAUUCCUCUUCCAUCUAAGGAGGGUAGAAAGGAAAUGUUUUUGAGACUUCUCGCCAAGAAUCCUAAUACACUCUCUGAUGAAGAAAUGGAAAAGUUAGUAGAACUCACUGAUGGUUAUUCGGGUUCUGAUAUCAAAAAUCUUUGUGCUGAAGCUUCUAUGUUCUCAGUUAGAGAUCUUGGAUCAUUUAUUAAGCAUGCGUCAGCUGAUCAAUUGAGGCCAAUUGAGUUUAAGGAUUGUAGAUCAGCCCUUAAAUCAAUUCGUCCUUCUGUAGCACAAAGUGAUCUAGAUAGAUAUAUUGAAUGGAAUAGAACAUUUGGUUCU